AUGUCAUUAAGGAGGCAAUUAGCUGAUCUAUCAGCUAGCCUAAUCUUUUUAGAGUAUGAGUACAUUAGAAUUAAAAAGCUAUUUCUGAAAGAAUUCAGGUCAGAAUAUCUAGAGCUUAUGACCAAGGACAACUUAACCGAAGAGAAAAUAUCUCAAAUAGUGGACGAUUUCGAUAAGUUAAUCAAAUGUACUUAUGAACUAUCAGCUGGAUUUGAAGUGUUGCAAGAAAUUUGGUAUACCAUAUUUAGAAAAAUGGAUGCAAAUCCUUCUACUGAAAUAUUACAAAGAGCAAUUCUUGAGAAAAGAGAUGAUUUAUCUACACUACUAUUAGUCAGAGGUAAAUAUAGCAUAUACAAAGAUCUCAUGUUGAUAGUGACAGCGGAACGGAAAUUCAACCUAACCCCGAGCGAAACGGAUUUUAUCAUUGGCACCAUACAAUUGGAGGAACAAACUAAGCCGGACGAGGAACUCCGUGAAAAAGGACCCUACCGCCCUGGGUUUAUGUAUAAUGAUGUUGCUAUUACCCAAGCACUUGAAUCAAACAUACUGAUUGAAUUAAAACGAAAAUUGUUGAAUACAUUAAUAAGAUCAACCUUUUUCCUUUCAAGAGAUACUAGGAUGCAAACGGCCAUGGUACGAGAAUUCUUAAGACUUUCUAAUUUAAUUGAACAAAGGCAAUGGUUUACAGAUCCUGAUUUCAACAGCUAUGAUGAAUGCCUAGACUUGAUAUCGUAUAUUAUAGGAAAGAUUUCUCCUCGGGAGUAUUUAAGAUCCUUAGUGGGCAUUUGUCAACAAGUGUAUGGAGAUAGACGCUCGGGGUACAUAUUAAUAACAAGACUCAUGAAGAUUCUUAUACCAAAAUGUCCACAUUAUGUAACUAAGUAUUUUGAAUUUAAGAGGUUAAUGAUAGACUUUGAAAGAAUUGACCCUAAUGUGCUUGUUUGCAGUGACGAUUUGACAUCGGCAAUGACUGCUUGUCUCAGUACCAACAACUAUAAGUAUUUUGAACAGAUAUAUGCGCAGCAUCCACACCUUCAUAGUCGUGAACAGGAAGCCCUAAUUCUCGAAUUCCUAUUAUACGAAAGAAACUGGGAAGGAUUUCAAACCAGAUUCCAGGAGCUAUAUGAGAAUGGUAGUUUUCCAAAUAUUGCUGAAUAUGGAGUCACUAUGAGAGGAUUAAACAUCCUACGUGCAGACAAACAAAUUCGGGCUUUAUUCCAAGAGAUUUCCAAACGAGGUCUAAAACAGAAUAGUACGAUCUAUGGUUUAUUGAUGGAAUCUUAUUCAAGGAAAAAUGAACAGAUAUCUGAAUUAUUGGAAGAAUACAUAUCAUUGUGUAAAGCAGGUAAGGCAGAAAUUGAAGGUAUUAAAGAUUUGGUCGUAAAGGUCCUUGAACAACAAGCAAUGAAAAAUGAUAUUCAGCAACUCGUUAAGCUUUUGAAAAUAUUUCUUGACAGGGAGAAAACUGACGAAUUUCCAAUGAUUUCUGAACAAGCUCUCAAGAUGUGUAUUGGAUAUGCCGUAGAGGCGUUGGCAUUAAAAGAAAUGGAAGAAAUAAAAGGUUUAAUUACAGAAUAUGACAAACUUCUGGCGAACGUUUACGAAUCUAUUAUACGGGGUUAUACAUCUUUUGGACAAUUUGAAAAAGCAGAUAGAUUAUGUUUUGAAGCCCAUGGAGCUAGUAAAACCCCAUUUUCAGAAGGUGCAAUCUAUGUUACUCAAAUUGAUAAUGCUAGAGAAUGGAGGAAAAAUGCAACUGAUACUACGGCUUUCAAUUUUAUUGGAAAAAGAAUAUAUUAUCUUGAAAGUAGACUCAAGGGCAGUAGAUGGCAUGUACUUCUUCGUCAUGAACCUAGAUAUAUUCGUGAAAUCCUCCGAAUUAAACUUGAGAUAGAAGACAGUUCCAAAGCCAGGGGAGUCUUGAGGAGAAUGAUUAAAUUUAAGCGAUAUGAAUUUAUCUUUCUACCAUUCUUGCAGUUCCAAAGGAAAUGGGGAAAGGAAAAGGAAAUAAUUAAGAGUUUCUCCUUUAUGAAUAAUUUAGGAGUGACAGUAACUGGGCCUACGUAUUUUUAUGCCUUGGCCACGCUGUUAAAGAUAGAUAAUAGUGUUGAUGAUGAAUUCCAGAAUUCAAAGAAAUUUUUUAAGCAAAUUCUUCAAUCAUAUGGAAUUGCCCAAGCGCAAACUCGUGAUCCGAAGCUUAGUCUAAGACAAGACGCAGUAGAUGUUGCUAAAUGUAUACAAGAAUUUAUUUCAUAUAUUGGAGAUCCAGCGCUCCCUGUAUUGGAUGUAUUUGCUUUAAGAUUAAAAGAAGUGUAUGGGAUAAUUCCAUUCCAAAUAAGAAGUAUGAUAUAUGGUUGCAGGAAACCAAACCAACGGAUCAGUCAAAAGAUUAAGAAUAGAAUUCCAGAAUUAUGUUUUGAUCCAAGUGACGAUGCAAUUAACGUGUAUAAAAAGUUCGUUGAGCAAUAUCCAUACAACGAUGAGGUGAUUGUUAUCCCACCCUUGUUGCAACAAGAAGUCACCAAAGCAAUGAUAUCUCGUCUAGAUUCUAUCCAAGGUGAAAUAUCUUCUGAGUCAGCUCAUCAAUUGGCAGAAAUGUUCAUUAAUGCCAUGAGUAAUAAUUUAUAUUUUGCCCAGGAAGAAUACAUCAAAAUUUUCAAAUUCAUCUGCAAAUUCCGUGAUUUUAAAUAUUUCAAUGAUUUACUUCAAAUUUGUGAAGAGCAACUCGCUUAUGGUUCUUUGGAGUUUAUGCAUGCAUUCUAUGAGAAAAGACAUUGCUAUUCGGUAUGUCUUGCCCACAAGACAACGUUUCGCGAUCCGAAAGAGAUUGACAUGAAGUUUCAAGUCUAUUCAGAUUUUUAUAAUACGAAUGCUUCAAAGUCGUUGGAGUAUGUCAAAGCAAUUGGUAUAAAGGACUUCCCGAGAAGCCGUCAUGGAAGAUUGUUUCCGAUAAAAAGUGAAUAUGUUAAAAAUGUAUCAAUGGCUAAAUGGAGGUUUCUUCGGUUUUUUAACCCGGGACGUGUUCCUAAAUACCUCCUAAUUGACAAGGAAAUGAAAUAUUUAUUAAAUGAGCAACUUGAAUUUUUCUGUCAAGGUAAUAGUGGUAAAACCUUUGCCCUUGCAGACAAAUAUCCCGAUACUCUUAGAUGCUUGAUUGCAGAACCAUAUGAAUCUAAGUUGGUAGGAGGCACGGUGGGGCCAGGUUUCAGCACGUUAGAAUACAAAAGACGAAAUUCGGAAACCAUCACCGAAAUGUAUGAAACAAUGAGGUCCAAUAAAGCCUAUGUAGGUAUCAGAACUGACGAUAAGUUAUUUAAACCUUCCUUGCCAAUAAAUAUGGAAGGAAGAUACGAUCAAUUAAAAGCACGUGAGUUAAAACUAAAACAUCUUGUUUUACUGCCAAAGUAUCCUGCACAAUAUUAUCGGGCCAUUGAAGAGGGAAAAGAGUCCCCAUUAGACACCAUGGAUGACCUUCAUGAGACAGAAGAUAUCAUGGAUGAUGACCAUAUUGAAGUUGAAGAAAAGGGCCUUGAAAAUGAAGAAAAAGACCUUGAUGAUAAAGCAACUCACCUUGAGUAUCGGGAACAUAAUCGUCGACUAAAAGACAUUGAUUUUGCUAAAAACGAUAAUGUUGAAAAUAAAGAAUUCGUUGUCACUAAAGAUACUAAAAAUGGUAUAAUGAACGAUAAGGAACACAGGGUAAAUGUUUCUGCGAGAGAAGUUAUCCCGAGAUCUAAAGGGGAUCAAAAACCUGAUGAGAUUGAUAAGGAUAGACGGUUGUAUUGA